UAUCUAACUCGCUGGUUAUGAAUAUUGUGUAAACAUUAUUGCUCUGGCAGAUGGCAAACGUCAGCUCCCCUAGAUUAGCUAGUUACUAGUGUUACUAAGUUCGAAUAUCGUAACUUGUUUUACUACAUUAUAAGAGGUUGUGGGUAGACGCAUCUGUAGCUGGGGGAAGCUCACGUUAGCCAUCAGCUACCUGUGAAUUAGCAUGGCGAUGAGGAGCGAGACCAGAGUGGAGGCCGAAGUGGAAGAGGAGGAGUCCUUUGGACCUCAGCUUGUGUGCAGACUAGAGCAAUGUGGGAUCAGUGCCAGUGAUGUUAAGAAGCUGGAGGAAGCGGGCUUCCACACCAUCGAGGCCGUUGCCUAUGCACCCAAAAAAGAGCUGCUGAACAUCAAGGGGAUCAGCGAGGCUAAAGCAGAAAAAAUCCUUGCGGAGGCCGCUAAGCUGGUCCCCAUGGGCUUCACCACAGCCACAGAGUUCCACCAGCGGCGGGCCGAGAUCAUUCAGGUCUCCACUGGAUCCAAAGAGCUGGACAAGCUGCUGCAGGGUGGGAUCGAAACUGGCUCCAUAACGGAGAUGUUUGGAGAGUUCCGGACAGGAAAAACGCAGCUUUGCCACACCCUUGCCGUGACUUGCCAGUUACCCAUUGAUCAGGGUGGAGGAGAGGGGAAAGCCAUGUACAUUGACACAGAGGGAACCUUUCGACCUGAGAGACUGCUAGCUGUGGCAGAGAGGUAUGGGCUGGUGGGGAGCGAUGUCCUUGACAAUGUGGCCUAUGCCAGAGCCUUCAACACCGACCAUCAGACUCAGCUGCUGUACCAAGCUUCCGCCAUGAUGGCCGAGUCCAGGUAUGCCCUGCUGAUCGUGGACAGCGCUACCGCCCUCUACAGGACGGACUACUCGGGCAGGGGCGAGCUGUCCGCCCGCCAGGGCCACCUGGGCAGGUUCCUGAGAAUGCUGCUGAGGCUGGCCGACGAGUUCGGUGUUGCCGUGGUGAUCACCAACCAGGUAGUGGCCCAGGUGGACGGUGCUGCCAUGUUUUCCGCAGAUCCAAAAAAACCCAUCGGGGGUAACAUCAUGGCUCAUGCUUCCACCACGAGGCUGUACUUGAGAAAAGGCAGAGGAGAGACCAGGAUAUGCAAGAUCUACGACUCGCCGUGCCUCCCAGAGGCCGAAGCCAUGUUCGCCAUCAACCCCGACGGGGUGGGCGAUGCCAAGGACUGAGGAGGCGGGGCAAAGGACAUGGGGGGCAGGGGGGUCGAGGCUGCAGUCACAUGGGCAAAGGCUAGCAGGCUGGUGUUCCUCCUCCCCAACGGAUGAAGCUCGCAGCUCUCACUACAGACCAGCUGGGGGAAGGGUGGUUCCUCUUUUGUUUAGUUUUCCCAAACCUGGGCUCUUUAACUACUUGAUUUGCUCAGUCAGCAACUUUUUCUCCCCAUUUCUGUGCUAGGAUGAUGAUGCCGAAGAUAUGUUUUAGACACGCACUGUGAGAAAGGCCUUAGCGCAGCCGUACACAGUUGACUAACCGGACCAUUUUAGCCAGAGUUGUCGCGGGUGUCGUGCUGGAACAAAAACCUGUUCAGACACCGGGCCUCAACAAACCGUCUCACACUGUCGCCCAACAGCGUUGCUUAGUCACCCCGAACCUUCGCGUAUUUUCCUUUUCUAGAAAACCCGAAGUCAUGAAAUGCAAGGGGUCUUCGGGGAAGGCCCCAUACCUGACGGGAUUUAGGGACAGUUGAGCCGAAGCUUCGGGAGGGAAAGCAGCGAUGCCGACAGCCUUCGCGGAAAGCUUCGCGUUUCGGUCGGCGUUCUCUGCGUCGUUUUCCUGCUCCCGGAGAAGCUUGCAAGGUUGUCCGAAGCUCAAGACAACAUCCCCAAUUCACUGCCUCGUUUAAAAAAAAUAAAAUGUAAAAAAUGAACAUCCUGUCUUUAGUUUCAGAGCCACCAGAUAGUUUUGUUUUGUUAGGAUUUGGGAUGUCCCCCAUCCGGUCCUUUUAUUUUUGUGUGGCCGAUGUUUUGUGAAGUUUGCGCUCUUUUGUUUGUCUUGCAUAUACUUCCUGUAUAUAAGAUGCACUAUUAAAAUUAUUUUAUAUCAUGAGGA